GCGCGGCGGCGGCGGCGGCCGGGAAGCUGAGGGAGCGGCGGCGGUUUUUUGUCAGCGCUCGGCGGCCCCCUCAGCUCGGUCGCGAGGGCAGCCCCCACACGGAGGCCCGCCGCGGCUCAGGCCUCGGGAGCGGCAGCGGCAGCGAGUCCAGAGAGUCCACCCUUCUUCCUCUGAUGUUUUGUCCUGCCCGUAGGCCUUUUGUUGACCUGCUGCCUCCUGGCUACGUCUCCAGCGGCACUGGCAGUGCCUACCUCUGAAGAUCCCAAGGGUCUCAGCCUUCGUUCGUUGUUGCCUUGGAUUUAUUUGGCUGAACAUCCCAAGGGAGAUCCAUGUAUACCCCAAGUGGUUCAGUGUUGCCCGGUGGCCGAAGGCGAAGAGGGCAAGAUGGGAGUGCCUUGCCCAAGCAACCCGAAAGGAGCUUGGCAUCUGCCUUGCCUGGGGCCCUCUCCAUAACUGCCCUGUGUACUGCCUUGGCAGAGCCCGCCUGGCUACGGAUACACGGGGGCACUUGUUCUCGCCAGGAGCUGGGGGUUGCUGAUGUGCUGGGAUACAUUGAUCCGGAUCUGCUUAAAGACUACUGCAUGAACCCCCAGACGGUGUUAUUGCUUCGGGUCAUUGCUGCCUUCUGCUUCUUGGGCAUCAUCUGUAGCCUUUCAGCUUUCCUUCUCGACGUCUUCGGGCCCAAGCAUGCCGCACUGAAGAUUACGCGCCGUUACGCCUUUGCUCACAUCCUCACAGUGCUGCAGUGCGCCACGGUGAUCGGGUUUUGCUACUGGGCCUCGGAGCUGAUUCUCGCCCAGCAACAGCAGCACAAGAAGUACCACGGCUCGCAGGUCUACGUUACGUUCGCCGUCAGUUUUUACCUGGUGGCCGGAGCCGGCGGGGCAUCCAUCCUGGCCACGGCUGCCAACCUGCUGCGCCACUACCCCACUGAAGAAGAGGAGCAGGCCUUGGAGCUCCUGUCCGAGAUGGAGGAGAAUGAACCUUACCCCGCCGAGUACGAAGGCAUCAACCAGUUCCAGCCACCACCGGCUUACACGCCGUAACGCUUCCCCGGAUGACGGCUGGGGCAAAGGGGGGAGGGAGCUUCUUCCAGCCCGUCCCGAAAGUCAACCUGCACACAAUUGCUUUGGGAACGCGUUCCCUUCUCUUCCUGGAACCUCCUCUUGUAGGUGUUUCUCCUUUCCUUCCUCUCCGUGGAUCUGCUCCCUUUUACCAUUUCCUGUCUGGAGAGAGGACAGGAGCCAGAGCCGAAGACUUGCUCAUGCAGUGACCUCUGAAGCAGGCGUAUUCUGAAGCAAUGGGGUGACCAUUGGGGCGGGGUUUGAACCUCAGGCAUUCAGUGGGGAGGGGGUGGAAGUUUUCCUGACUUUUUCAGCUGCCAAGAGCGGCAGAGUUUGGGGGCUCCAGAGAGAGAGAGAGAGAGAAAGGAAAAAGAGAGCUGCUUCAGGAGAAGGAAGCGAAAAGGAAGGCGUGUAGACAGCUUGAUUGGGUGGG